CAUCGUGAAAGAAAUGAUUAUCAUUUCGAUCUUUAAGACGACGCGUAUACUCGUCCAGCGCAAUUAACUGGUUAAAAAAAUGCGCAUUACCGUCCCAAAAGGCUAGCGCCCCGAAGUUACAACCCAUUUAGUUCUGUGGUUAGGGUGGCCCUGCUCGUAACAUUUCCGCGGGCGGUGGAAACCCCGUCGGCAUCGCCGGCACGCUUGCGCCGCAUCGAUCCGUAAUUGGCGGUCUCGCCCUUUCCGCAUAGAACAGCAGUGUAGGCGGCACAGGUUCAAUGAAUCUAUCGCGCACGGAAUAUGGAAGAACGUUUCCUUGACCACGAGCGUGGAAAAAUCGAGAAACGCGUCCCGUGUAAACAAGAGAACGAUGCGCUGCUCCGGUCGAAGGCUGUUGCUGUGGCUGGGCGUAGCGGUCCCUCUGGUGAUCGCGGGACGUUUCCUGGUGAAUCGCGGCUACCGGAAGCCGGUCCCGGAGCCCGGUAACGAGGAGGACGACGACGACGAGCAACCUUCGAUUUCGAAGAGUCCGAGCAGCAGCAGCAGCCCGCGCGACGAGCCGCCCGCCAGGGCACCGGCGUUCGUAGCAGGCAUGUACAUGGCGGGUCAACAACCCAGGAACAAUUCUUGCAGAUGGUACCACGGUCUGCCGGACGUUAUUUCGUAUCCGGCGUCGAAAGUCACCUGGAGCCCGGAAAUCGGUGAGAAGAGCCCCUACAGAGUCCUACCGUUUGUAUUAGUCGGAACCGAGGAGAGGGACAAGUUGCCCCAGGUGACCCUCUGCACGCACGCGACCGCAGACCAUGUCUAUGGAAUCGUCGAGUUGGCCAGGAGAUGGGAGGGCCCGUUGAGUCUGGCCAUUUUUACACCUGGCCUCGACGCCGGUACCGCCGUUGCUCUCCUCGAUCGGGCCUGUCGAUGCGAACCCGAAAUGUACAAGGUUUCUGUGCACUUGGUGUUCCCAACGAGUCGUCCGCCCGCUUUGGGGCAAGCUACUCGAAUCCAGGGUGAUUGUGCAGCGUCCGAUCUUCAAAGAGGUGACGCGGAAACCGAGAGGAAGCAAAUAGCCAUGACCUAUCCUAUUAACGUGGUUAGAAAUGUCGCGAGAAUGCAGGCAAACACCAGCCGCGUGCUGGUGACGGACAUUGAACUUUUGCCCAGUGAAAAACUGGCGUCCGGCUUCAUGGAAAUGGUGCGCGGAAGGCCGCCAAAAACUGGAAUCGUCUUCGUCCUGCCAGUUUUUGAGAUCGAAUCGCACAGGCAGCCGCCUUCCACGAAAAAACAGCUACUGUUGGCUACGAAAGCCGGUAUAGCCGUAUAUUUUCAUAGGUUCCUCUGCUCACAUUGCCAAAGAUUCCCUGGUCUCACUAGAUGGAUGCUCAGAUCAGACCCAGGCAAAGUUAGGCCACUUAUUAUUACGAAAAGGGAAUACCCUCACCAUAGGUGGGAGCCAGUGUUCAUUGGAACACGCGACGAUCCUUUUUAUACGGAAGACAUGUCUUGGGAAGGCAGACAGGAUAAAAUGACUCAGAUGUUCGAGAUGUGUCUUCUCAAUUACCGGCUGGUCAUAUUAGACGGUGCCUUUUUAGUUCAUACACCAGGUAUCAAACGGAAAACGGUAAAAGUCGACGUAGCGAAGCAAGAAUUCUUGAAAUCUCACGAAAGAAGAAACGCUAGAAUCUAUCAACGUGUUAUUAAGCGUCUAUUGAAAGAAUAUCCUCCUAAUCGUAAAUGCGCACACUAAUAGGUGAUGCAGAUCUACGGUCAAUCGAAGUUACUUUGAUACCACAUAAUGAAGUAGUUUUUUAUUACCUAAUAUACGAACGUUAUCAUCGUUUCAUUAAUAUCAUUAUUUUUUACAAAGUACGAACGUAUUGAGCGUAAUAUAUUUUAAUUUGAUAACGACAAAUUCCUAUCACGUAGGAAAUGAAUUGAAAAGAUACGCUUACGAAAACAUAUGUAAUUUAAAUGUAAAGUAUAAUUAUUAUAACAUAAGUAAUAAUAAAUUAUUAAUAAGAUCGUAAAUACAGUUCUCUACAUAUUAUUUAUAUAUUAUAUACACACACACACCUAUACAAAUGUAUAUGCAUGAAUAUACAUGAAUAUAUGUAACGAAUACAUUAUAACAUUACAAAUCAUUUAAAAAGAAUUGUCAAUGAAAAACUGAAGUCACCAAUUGUCAAUAAGUGAUUACAAUCGAGUUUAUAAAAUUAUGCAUACUGGCAAAAGAAAGGUGUAAUUAAAUACAACGUAUGAAAGAAUUAAAAUGUAACGUAAAAAUAUAACAGAAUUAAAAACCAUAUGCUUGUCCUGGAUAAAAUAUGUUAAUUAUGGAUUUGAAACAUAAGACGCGACUGCACUGUUCCACAUACGUCGACGUCAAUUUCAUCUUAAUAUCUUACGAUCCCUUGUAAAUCUUGUUAGACGUUAUAAUACUUUUUUAUUCGAUUGAAAAUAUAAUACAACAUCAAUAAAUUAAAG